AACAAAAAAAAAGCAAAAAUAAUUUUACAUUGAUCCUGCUGUAGGAUCCAGUAUGAACAAGGGAUAUAAACGAGUUAAACAAACGCUGAACUCCAAGAUAAUUCUAUCGAUCCUGCUACAUUUUAUGCUCUAUCAGCCCAAGCCGGUUCUUGCUUGGUUCUAUGACAAUGAAGCCAUUGGAGGCGUGGCCAUGGCCAUUAGCGGCGGAUCUUCUUCGUCCUCGGAUGACCAUAGCUUCAAGACACCCGAUACAAAGACCUCCCACAAGUCUCAGAGUACCGAGCUAGUCCAACACUUUGUUAGCCCCGGCACCAGUUUCAAUCACCAUGGACAGGCACAACGUCAAUUGGUGUUUGUGGCUCUGCUGCCAUCGGUGGAAUCGGACAAUAAGAAUGAUUGCAUAAUGCCCAAAGUGUUGCCCGUUCUGGAAUUGGGAAUACGGCAUAUUCAGCAUUUGGGCUUUGUUGGUGGUACACACUUUGAUAUUAAACUUAUAGCCCGGGACACAUUUUGUUCCUCAAAAUAUGGACCCAUUGGAUUUUUUGAAAUAUACACUCAGUGGCCAGAAGUGAAUGCUGUCUUUGGUCUGCCAUGUGAAUAUGUUCUAGCACCGAUUUCCCGUUAUGCUGAUGUUUGGCAAAUUCCCGUCCUUACCACCGGCGGCAAUGCCAAGGAAUUUAAUAAGAAAUCCGAAAGUUAUUCAACUCUUACACGGCUGAAGGGAGCCCAGGUCAACAAUUUGGGAAAUGUGGUCCAUGCUGUUUUGAACAGCUUCAAUUGGACACGUACUGCUCUUAUAUAUCAGAAUGAGAAUUCAAAGGUUAAAGGCAAUUCGGUCUGUUUUCUUUGUCUGGCUGCCAUCCAUGAUACGAUUGAGAAGCAAUCGGUAUAUCAAUUGGGUUUUGAUACUACAACCUGGACAAAGGCGGAUAUAACGCGUAUGCUUAGGAACGUGGCCAUGCAAACAAGAAUUGUCAUUAUGUGCGCCGAUCCGCAGUCCAUACGUCAAAUUAUGCUGACAGCCGAGGAGUUGAAUAUGAUCGAUAGCGGUGAAUAUGUUUUCAUCAAUAUUGAAUUAUUUUCACGGGUUCCAUACUUGACGUCGCGUCCCUGGUAUGACAAGAAUGAUACGAAUUUGAAUAACGAGAGAGCUCGGAAAUCCUACACAGCCAUGUUGACGGUGACGCCUAAGCAACCCAAUGACAAUGAGUACACAAGGGUUUCCAACGAAAUCAAAGCAAUUGCCGCAGCGAAAUACAAUUACACGUUUAGCGACAAUGAACCUAUUUCGGCUUUUGUCACAUCCUUUUUCGACGGUGUUCUGCUCUACGCGAAUGCCUUGAAUGACAGUAUACGAGAGGAUCCCAGCAUGUUAACUCAACCGAUUAAUGGAACAGACAUGGUGCGACGCAUGUGGAAUCGUUCGUUUACUGGCAUCACAGGCAACGUCACCAUCGACGCCAAUGGCGACCGGCUUUCGGCUUACUCGCUCUUGGAUAUGAAUCCCAGUACAGGACGUUUUGAAAUUGUAGCGCAUUUUUUGCAUAAUCGUCUGGAAUUCGAGGCCAACAAAGAGAUCCAUUGGGCAGGGGAUAGGGAAGAGGCACCGCCAGAUCAACCCAGUUGUGGUUAUGAUGGAGCUCUGUGUCCCGAUAAUUCUCUUCCCGGAUAUGCCAUACUAUCAAUAGUUUUGGGCAUUAUGGUUAUAAUUAUGGCAGUGUGUUUCUUUUUCGGAUAUCGCCAUUAUAUAGCUGAAGCGGAAAUCAAUUCAAUGAGCUGGAAAGUGUCACUCGAAGAUGUUAUGUUUCGGGAAACAGCUGAGAGAGGUUUGCGUGGCUCAUUUCAUUCACUCGUCAAACAGAGCUCCCAGCUUACCCUCAUGUCUGAGGAUAUGGGUUCGAUAAAUGGUGAUCGUCAGAUUUUUAUACCCGUUGGCAUGUUCCGAAAGAGUAAAGUGGCUAUUAAGCCCAUCGAAGUGCAGAAUGUCCAAAAUUUGCUCACCCGAAGUCUAAUGCUGGAACUGAAACGAAUGAAAGACUUGCAGCAUGAUCACUUGGUUAAGUUCUAUGGCGCUUGUUUGGAUCAGCGUCGCAGCUUUUUAUUGACGGAAUAUUGCCCAAAAGGUUCAUUGCAAGAUAUAUUGGAGAAUGAACAAUUUCAGCUGGACUGGAUGUUCAAAUUAUCGUUAAUGCAUGAUAUCGUCAGGGGCAUGCAAUUUUUGCAUAGCUCCGACAUCAAAUCACAUGGCAAUCUCAAGUCAUCGAAUUGCGUAGUAGACUCGAGAUUUGUUCUCAAAAUUACUGAUUUUGGUCUUCAUAGUUUAAGAUGCAUACGCUACGAUAUGCAAAAUGAGGUAGAGAAUUGCAACAGUCAUGCAUUCUGGAGCAAGCUCCUGUGGACAUCUCCGGAAUUAUUGCGGUUAGAGCAUCGCCGAGCACCAGAGGGCACACAAAAGGGCGAUGUCUAUGCCUUUGGAGUAAUUUGCCAUGAAAUAAUUACAAGGCAAGGUCCAUUCUACCUGGGCAAGUGUCAGUACGAGAAAUCACCGCAAGAAAUUAUUGAACUGGUUAAAGGGUAUCAUCCACAAAGACAAGUAAAGCCCUUUCGACCCGAACUAGAACCAAUUGGUGAUACUAAGGCUGAUAUUAAUGGCAUUAUUCGUCGAUGCUGGUCUGAGGAUCCAGCCGACAGGCCCGAUUUUAAUGUCCUCAAAUCCAUGAUAAGGAAAUUUAACAAAGAUAAUGAGACGGGAAAUAUUGUUGACAAUCUUUUAAAACGCAUGGAACUUUACGCCAAUAAUCUGGAGGAACUUGUCGAGGAGCGGACGCAAGACUAUCACGAAGAGAAGAAAAAAUGUGAAAAGCUGCUGUAUCAGCUGCUGCCACAGAGUGUGGCCGCUCAGUUGAUUAGUGGAAAGCCAGUAGUGGCUGAGACUUUCGACCAAGUCACCAUUUAUUUUAGCGAUAUUGUUGGCUUUACUGCGAUAUCUGCUGAGAGUACGCCCAUGCAGGUGGUUCAAUUUCUUAACGAUUUGUACACCUGCUUCGAUUCAAUAGUGGAAAAUUUUGAUGUGUAUAAAGUGGAGACAAUUGGUGAUGCCUACAUGGUGGUAUCCGGAUUACCUUUGCGAAAUGGUAACCAACACGCCAGAGAAAUAGCCCGUCUGGCAUUAUCUCUAUUGGAGGCGGUGCAUAAUUUUCGCAUACAUCAUCGUCCCGAGGACAGAUUGAAGCUCAGAAUUGGUUUGCACACGGGGGCCUGUGUAGCCGGAGUAGUAGGUCUGAAAAUGCCAAGAUAUUGCUUGUUUGGAGACACAGUAAAUACGGCAUCGCGCAUGGAGUCAAACGGGGAAGCCCUCAAAAUCCACAUUAGCGAAACAACCAAAAAUGCUCUCGAUGAGUUUGGCACGUUUUUAACCACACGUCGAGGCUAUGUACCAAUGAAAGGUAAAGGCGAAAUGCUGACAUAUUGGUUGGAAGGCGAAAUGGUGAAGCAAGAUGUCCUAAACUCGCCUAGCAAGCUCAUGCUUACGCGCAGAUCCUCGUUGAAGCAACCCCAGAGACAACCGCAGCACUCUCAUUCGUUAAAUAAACAAUAUUCCGAAUUGACAGUGAGUCCUGCUUUACAACCACCAGUUAUUCAUUUGCCAAAGGAUUCGGAACUCGAACAUCCGCCUGAGCUUCGAAUUAAACGAAAAAUAAGUUCAAGCUCCCCUAAGCUGAAUGGUACUAAGACUGAGAACUAUUUUUUGGAGCCACAUUUGCAAGCAAGUGACAUAUAUAGUAGUCGAUCCUUACGCGGUAUGGAGGAGGCCGAUAGUUGGGAAUUGGCCCAUUUCCGCUUGCCACUAAGUGGAGCUCUUAAAAAUCACAACAAUAAUCAAUCCAACUCGAAUUUAAGUGGCAUUUUGCAACCACUUCCACAACCCCUCACAACUACCAGGAGUCGCCUAAGACCUUCACCCACGAUCUCAACACUAUUGAGCAAUGUCACCAGCAGAGCCUCAACUGGGGGUCUUGAUCAAGGCAGCCUGAUUUCCCAAAGAAUUCAGUUUUCCGAAGCUGAUGAGAUGCCACUGCUUACGGCUCUGCCAACAUCUCAGCCUCAACACCCACCACAAACUCAGAACAUUCCAUCGACGAUGUUUCCCAACCAUCACCUUGUCCGGAAAUACGGCCAGGAUUGUCCUGCUGGUCCUAGCCCAGCAACUGCCAGUGUGACUCAACCUCUUUUGGGCAAAAUUAAUUCGUAGCUGUAAGACAGGAGGCCAGUUGGAAUGCGGCCUCCGUGGAACUUGUAGUCGUAAUUUAUCAUUUUAUCCAUAAGUAUUUAGUAUCCAUUUUUUGUGAUAUUUUAAUUAGUUUAAAAAUCCCAAUUAAAUUAAUUCGAAGCGUUAUGUUAUAAAUGUUAAUUUAGUUUCUUAACUUAAGUAGCGAAUUAUAAAAAAAAACAUUAGGAAUUUUAAAAAACUAAACGAAUGCAAUGCUAAAAUGCUCGAUAUAUGUAAAUAAAUCUUCAACGAUUAGUUCCUUGCUUUUUAAAAUUAAA